UUUAGCUUCUUCCAUCGCCAUCCAAAGUCAACGACAUUAUUACGGAUGCAGAGUCUAUGUGUUCCUUCUCCUCUGCACUUUCCGGCCACCGCACUCCGUCGCUGUCGGACUCCGACGUCCGCCGUUCGUUUGGUGAGAGCAGAGCGCAGGGAAGAGAACGACCCUUUGAUUCAAUCAGCUCUAGAUUCAGCUUCUCUUCGUCUGAGAGAAACCAAUCGAACAGCGCCUCUCGUCAUCGACCCUUAUGCCGCUUGCUUCUUACCUCCUUACGCAAAGAAGGAAUUGGACAUCCAUGAACAACAACAUUACUGUCUUGCAACAAAGUUUAUCGAUGACAAGUUGUUAGAAAUAGCUAAACGCAUUGAUGGGCUAAAGCAGGUUGUCUUGUUCACAGAUGGCAUGGAUACUCGACCUUAUAGGCUUAAUUGGCCAACUUCGACUAUGAUCUUUGAUGUAUCACCAGAAAAGGUUUUUGAAAUUGCAUCUGACAAGCUUCAAGGUGUGGGAGCUAGGAUUCCUAAAGGUUGCUUAUUCUUUCAUAUACCCGUGGAACCAGGGAACAUAGAGCAACACUUACGCUCAAAAGGGUUUAGUGGGAAUCGGCCGAGUAUAUGGGCACUGCAGGGCUUACCUCUUGAGUCACAAUCAGGAUUUGAAGCUAUUCUAUCUGCCAUUAGUAGCUUGGCCAUGAAUGAAUGCUAUCUAAUUGGAGAAUUUCCUACAAAUAUUACACUCCAGCCAGAUUUGACAAAGUGGAUGGAAAAACUGUUCAUGAGCAAUGGUUUUAGGGUGAAAAUUGUUAACUAUGAAGAGAUUGCUGUGAGUUUAGGCGUUGUUUUACAUUCACCAGUAGUAAACCAUGACUCCGUUCUAUUUAUCGCACAACAGCUCAAGUUCUCAGAUGAUCAGAUGGAAACAUGGAGACGAGAAUUUCAAAGAGUGGAAGAAGAUGGAGAUGAACAAGGAUUUGAAGAACUCUAAUGAAGCAAACAAAACGUAUUCUUUUAUAAAUAAGACAGAUUACAAAGCAAAACAUUUUCUCUUUCGGAUCAAAAUUUGGGUCUAAACAAGUUUGAGAAUACAAAAAUCUUGGAGCUAAUUAAGCUUUGGUCUU